CAGUUUUAUGUCUGAUAUAAAGUUGGCGAGAUAUGCUUAAAGACCCAUCAUUCAAGGCAUCAACAUUUGAGAAUUUCCUACUUAUCCUCAUGACUGCCGUCCCCGUAUUCAGUUCCCGAUCUCACGCACCUUUUAGGAUACAUAAGCUCCAUAUUCCCAAUCCAGUGGUAACUGGAGACAGCGUUCGCUUACAGUGUGGAUAUGAUCUCGGCAAUGAAACAUUGUACGCAGUCAAAUGGUACAAAAACAACAGAGAAUUCUUCCGAUAUGUACCCGCAGCCAAUCCUCCCCUCAAAGCUUUUACCCAGUUGGGUGUAGAUGUAGAUUUAUCUAGGUCUGGAAAUAGCACAGUAUUUCUAAGAAAUCUGAGUAUGGACAGUUAUGGUAAUUAUACUUGUCAAGUUUCGACAGAUAAGCCUAAUUUCAGAUGCAUGCAGACUACUCGAACGUUAGAAGUAGUUGUUCCUCCUUCAGAUAGUCCAAUUUUAAUGACAGAGAAGUCAUAUUAUGAAUUAGGAGAUAAUGUGUCAAUCCUCUGCAAUUCUGGUAAAGCAAAACCAGCACCCGAGCUCAAAUGGUACAUCAACGAUCAAUUAGCGCAGUCUGAUCUAUCCGACCAAGAAACAGUAGUUUAUCCAGAUCAAUUAGAAAGCACGAGUUUGGCUCUUAGAUUUCGACUUAAACCUGACGUAUUGCACAAUGGAAAAGUGGUUGUUAAAUGUGUUGCUUCUAUAAACCACAUAAGUUCAGAAUCAAUAAAAGAAAUAAGGGCAACAGGUUCGAAGCAAACAGAGCUGAAGCCAAGUUUAUUUUAUUUAAUGUUCUUCUCGAGUUUAGUGUUUCACGCCAUGCUAAUGGAAUUACCGAUUUGAAGAAACCACUCAAAAAGGAUGUCCUUUUUAAAUGAAAAAAAAGAAACCUGAAGGGAGGAGAAUUGUAUGCAAAUCAAAAGGAGAGAUUUGUAUACGUAUUUUUGAUGAUGAUUGGUGGAAAACCAACAAUCUAGCAUGUGAGGAAUUUUUUUCUAUUGGUGGAUAAAGGUUUCAAAAACAAAUGUUUGAAAGAUUAUGUCUCUAUGAAUUUGUGUAUGAUUGUUCGUGUGCUGUGUUACCUACUUGCCUUUAACAACUCCAAAAAAUCCAUCCUUUUUGUAAUACCUAAGAGUAUAAAAAAAAGUAUAGCUAUAAACGUAACAAUAACUUUUAUGAGGAAGUUUAUAAAUAAAGCAUUUGAAGAGAAAAACAACAUUAUGAAAAUGCUGAAUUUAAGAAGCAGAAAAAUACAGGGUAAUUCAAAAAGAUGUUUAAUUAAAUUAGUUUAUAUUUAAUAAAAUAUAAAUGCGAUAAAAACAUUUUACUCUGAGGAAAAGUGUAUGGUUAAAACUUGCAGAAUAUGAUAAAAUUUACCGUGUUUCUUUCUCUAUGGGAACACGAAAAGCACGGUAGUCUUAAUCGACACACUUUUCAUAAUGACUUUGAUAAAAUGAACAAUAUCAUACGGUUUUAUAAUAUACGAUAAAAUGUAGUAAAUGUGGUAAACUUUGAAAAUUUUAUUAUGAUACCUUAGAACAUGGCAUAAGAAUCAUUUAUUCUGAUAAAUUUUCUAUUCAGUUUUGUGUUUCUCACUAAAUGUAUGUUAAUAAAAAUUAAAAU